UGGAAUCAGCGUGGCGACGAAGAUAAUGGCUGCAAAAAGACAGACGAGUGAGGAUGAGGUUCAUCAGAAGAAUGCGUGUAGAUAUGUAGUUGUACAUAUAUCCGCAUGCAGCACAUUAUGCUGAUGAAAGGGCCUUUUCUCGCUUGUUUGGAAUCUCGCCCUCGACGGUCAAGAACGACAUUGCCUUGUAGCCGGCCGCCUUCAAUUAAUCGAGCUCACUCUGCAGCUUCGACUCGAGGUUGGCCGGCUAGUUUGCAUCGCAUCUAUCUUCCACGAUGCGGCCGAGCUGGAGCAGAGCGUAUGCACAUAAGGCGACGACUGGAAACUUGAUCAUCAUCGAGAGGCCGAGAUAUGGCUUAUCCUU